ACCACUCUUUAUGUCUUUACAAGUAGAGAACUACCUCAGUUUCAUUUUAAUGGAGAAUUCAUUUCUAUAUCAAUCUUUAUUCCAAUGGUUUUGGAUUCUAAUGCCACUGGUUUCAUGUAGUGACAAAAAUAUCUCUUUGAAAGGUGAAACGGAUACAUAUGAAUCUCCUUUCCCGGAAAAUUUCCUCUUUGGAACUGCAUCUUCUUCUUAUCAGUUUGAAGGGGCUUUCUUAACUGAUGGUAAAGGCCUUAGCAACUGGGACAAUUUUACUCACCAACCUGGUAAUAUCAUGGAUGGAAGUAAUGGAGAUGUUGCUAUUGAUCAUUACCAUCGAUAUCUGGAAGAUGUGGAUCUCAUGGAUUAUGUUGGAGUCAAUAGUUACCGUUUCUCUAUAUCAUGGGCAAGGUUUUUAAAAGAGGGAAGAUUCGGAGCUGUGAAUAAGGCUGGCAUCGAUCAUUAUAACAAGUUCAUCAAUGCUCUUCUGCUCAAAGGGAUCCAACCCUUUGCGACAUUGACUCAUUAUGACAUUCCUCAGGGACUUGAUGACAGAUAUAGAGCUUGGCUAAGUCCUGAAGUGCAGGAAGAUUUUGAAUAUUAUGCAGACAUUUGUUUCAAAUGCUUUGGAGACAGAGUGAUGUACUGGGCCACCUUCAACGAACCCAAUGUUGCAGUCAUUCGUGGCUAUAGGUCAGGGAUUUACCCACCAUCUAGAUGCUCUGGCCUGUUUGGGAAUUGUAUUAAUGGGGAUUCAGAGAGAGAGCCUUUUAUUGCAGCUCACAACAUUAUCUUAUCUCAUGCAGCUGCUGUCAGUAUAUACAGAACUAAAUACCAGAAAGAACAGGGAGGUAGCAUUGGUAUUGUUGUGAAUACCAUGUGGCUUGAACCUAUCAGCGACUCCUUGGAAGACAAAUCUGCAGCUGAGAGAGCUCAAGCUUUCUAUAUGAACUGGUUCUUAGAUCCAAUUGUAUUCCAGAGAUAUCCAUCAGAAAGGCAUAAAAUUCUAGGAUUUAAUCUGCCUGUAUUUUCCAAAUCUGGUCUGGAAAAGCUGAAGAAUGGAUUAGACUUCAUUGGUAUCAAUCAAUAUAGCAGUUUCUAUGUAAAAGACUGCAUUUUUACCAAAUGUGAACCAGGGCCAGGAAAUUCUAAGACAGAAGGCUUCACAUUGUGGACUGCACAAAAAAAUGGCAUCUUCAUUGGAGAACCCACGGAUAUAGAUUGACUAUAUAUUUACCCUCAAGGACUGGAAAAAGUAGUAACAUAUAUAAGGCAGAAGUACAAUAAUAUUCCAAUGUACAUAACAGAAAAUGGAUUUGGUGAAAAGGACAUUCCCCUUUCGUCCACCGAAAUUUCAAUCAAUGAUGUCAAGAGGGUGGAGUACAUGAACAGCUACUUGGAUGCCUUAGCAGUUAGCAGCGGCAUUGGAUUUGAUAACAUUAUCAGGAAAGGAGCAGAUGUACGAGGAUGCUUCGCUUGGUCAUUGCUCGACAACUUUGAGUGGAAGGAUGGAUAUACAGUGAGGUUUGGACUUCACCAUGUUGAUUAUGCCACUCUCAAGAGAACUAAAAGACUAUCAGCAAUUUGGUAUAAACAGUUCAUUGCUAAACAUAAGGCUCAGAAAAGGUAUAGUGCUAAAGCAUGAUCCAGAAAAGGCAGGAGGAAUGAAUCCUUGGAAUGUGUUGAUGUUGUAAUGCAACAAGUAACUUAGCUUGUAGUAAAGGGGCUUUUGAUGCUCCUUUUUGUGAAGUGAAAUGGAAGUUGUGUCAAUAAUGGUGAAGUAUUGAAAGUGUUCUCACAAAGCAAAGCAAUGGAAACAUGGAAUAUAUGAUAAUAGAAAUGGAUUCUCCUAACCUAAUCACUGGUAUAUAAUUGGCACAUUAUUAAUUAAUUAAUUUGGAGGGCCAAAAUGUUGGUUAAAAGUCUUGACAGGAAAUCUAACAGUUGAAAAACAUAAUCUUUUAAAGGGACCUAGCUAUAUUCUAUCUAAUAAUGUCAUAGAUUAGAACCCGAUUCAAAUUCUUAGGCAAAAAUAAUUCAAAUAGUUCACUCACUUGUUUUCUUUUGAUUGCAUAACAGUCAAAUCAUAUAGAAAUUUUCGGAACCCAAAUCUUAUAAUUAAUUAAUAUGUCCUUUUCUCUGCUUCAUGGGUUAUAAGAAGAAGCAUGCAUAUAAAAUGAAGGUUGUUUCA